AGGCUGAUGAACUCGCCGAAGAGCGACAGAGGUGAUGUCUCCCGCCUGCGCCUCUCCUUUUCUUCCAGGCGCAGCUCCCCGGGCCGGCGCAGCUCACCCAGCCGGCGCCGCGCAAGCCCUAGGGAGAAGAAGGAGGAAGUAAAGGUGGUGGUCCGGCUUCGCCCACCCAUGGAGCAGAUGAACCAAUUGGCCUACUUUGUGGAGGCGGACCCAACAAAGCUCUUGGGUUACAGCCAGGAGGAGAGCGGGCGCUCGUCGCCGAGCAGGGCCUGUGUCGGGCUCCGAGGCAGGCCGCAAGCGAGCUUUGGAGGGUUUGAACCGCUCUCCAAGGUCGAGGAGCUGCAAUUCUCACGUGUGGUGGGCCCCGAGGAGGACACGCUUCAGAUGUACAGCGUGCUUGGAUUGAAGGGCCUCAUCGGCGGCAUCACGGACGGCUUUCAGGAGACCGUCUUCGCAUAUGGCCAGACGGGCAGCGGCAAGACCCAUACCAUCCUCGGGUCCCCACAGGAGCUCGGGCUGCUGCAGCUCUGCGCAAAGGAGCUCUUUGCUGCCGUCUUUGCCACCGGGGCGGAGGAAAAGCACCGCAGAGUGCAGCUCGUCUGCCUGGAGAUCAAAAACGAUGAGGUCCUCAACCUCCUCCCAGAGGGAAAUGCUACUGCAAGCCAGGAGGCCGACAUCUUCUGCCACAAAGGCCGGCGCUAUGGCUAUCAGCGGGUGACAGUUUGGAGUUACGAGGAGACCAUGGUGCUGCUGCAGCAAGCCAUCGCUAGCCGGGAGGUUGGCAGCUCCUACGUGAACUCUGAAAGCUCGCGAUCGCAUAUGCUUGUCCGCUUCCUUGUGAAGACGCUGAGGGCCGAGCACGGCCAGCUGGCAGAGGGCGUUGUGGGCAGCUUGACUCUCGUGGAUCUGGCGGGGAACGAGCGCGAGAGCGGCACCAACGGCACGGCCAUCAACGUGUCACUGACGCACUUAAACCGCAUGCUCGUGAAGAUGCAGGAUCGCCAGUUGGAUGAGUGGGAGCCCCAGAUUUGUCAAGGCGUCUUGUGGCUUGAGGUCCUGUCCAUUGCUGGAAACGAGCUUUGCUCAGUCAAGCUGCCGAGGGCCUCCACCCUCCAAAGCAUCAAGGAGGAGAUCUCCCGCGCUGUGAAUUGCAACGUCACUGGGAGUGACCUCCUUUGCUUCAAUGACGAGACCUGGGAGGUGCCGAGCAUGCAGCCCUUGCAGCCGAUCGAUGCCUCCAGGGUCGAGGUGACUUGGGUCAAGAAGGAGGGCUUCCUGAUUGGUGAUCAGCUGUUCUACUGCGGCCCUGGGUUAGCUCUGAACAGCUUAGUGCAGCGGGGCGCCAGAUGCCAAGUCAAAUCAGGCGACACGUUCCACAACUACUUCAAUGUCUUCUUUCCAGAGUCCCGCUGCACGUUGGCCGUGCAUCGGCAGCACCUGGUGCGCAUGCGCCCGGGGGAACAGAGAUUACCGCCGGGCCUGCAGGUGGGGGACGUCUUCUACUACACUGGCCCACCGCGGAAGGGCCAAGGCAAUGCUUUGCUGCCAGCGGGCGCUUGUGGGGAGGUUGUGGAGCCCGGUUUGCUG